UCCAUUGCACAAGAAAAAGAGAAGACAGAAGGAAAAAAUGCACGGUGAGGAGAGAGAGACAGAGAGUGAUAAAGAGAAGAAAAGAAAGGGAGAACUGCCAUCAAACGAGGAAGAAGAGAAAAGAGAAGAAGAUGACGGAGAGAGAAGUUGCCACCGCCACUUUCUUCACCUCCAGCACCGUCUCUGCCUUGCGCUGUUGUUGUUGUUUCUACCUUGCGCUGCCAGAUCUGCCACUACUGUAAUCCCUCUUCUCUGCUCGUCGUCGUCGUGUUUCUCAUUACUCGAGCUCAUGCCUUGUUCUGCUCUGCUCCGUCGUGUUUUUCUGCUCGCGCCGUUCUGAAACCUUUGCUCUGCUCCGCCGUGGUGCCGUGCUCUAUCCUCUCAGGCAAAUCAACAACUCUCUGCCGUUCACCUCUUUCACUCAAGCCUCUCGCCUCAGCCUCGAUCCUCAGCAUUUCUUCUUCCAUCGUCGUCAUUGAAGGCUUUUUCGAGCUCGAUCAUGUCGAAGGACAAAGACUUUACCAAUUUGUCGCUCACCUUCAAAUACCUCUUAGGCAUCUUAUGGCUCUGUGUUUUCCUCUGAAGAUUAUCAAAGAAGUGUUACUAAUGGUGAGCUUCAAAAAAAGAUGAAUGGUGAAAAAAAAGAUUACAAGCUGAAACUUCUGCUCUUCUCCGCCAUUUUGAAAUCUCUGACUUGCACUGCCGUUGCCAUUUCUACCUGCGCUGCCGGAUCCGCCGCUGCUGUAAUCCCUCUUUUCCGCCUUGCGCUGCCUGAGUCGUCUCUGGUCGUCAUCGCUGCUCGAUGGUUGUCGUCGGCUCGCCAAUGCCUCACGUCCUCGCUGCUCUGCCUGAGCUGUCUCUGCUGUAAUCCUUACUGCUCGCUGCAAUCAUGUCUUAGUGUUUUCCCUAGCUUGUGGUUAGUACAGGCAACCGCAGAAGCUUUCAGAGUUGCUGAUGCUCCUGCCAAGGUUUUCUUUCUUCUGAUGGAAAAUACUGAGGAGAUUUUUCCAUUUUGCGCACAGAUCUUCCAGUUCCAGGCUCAGUGGUUACUUGUGGUAGCAGCUGAGUGAUUUGUGGAUCACUCAUGUGGACAACCUAACGGUGCAAGAGCUCCAUCUCCUGCUAAUAAUCCACUACUAGGAUCCUUACCAAAGGCUGGAGGGUUUCCUCCUCUUGGUGAACAUGGG